AUGUUACUUGAAAAGGCCCCUGCUCAUCCGUUUGAAACUUAUAGCCGAGUUCGUGAUUGUCAAAGUGAGUGUGGACACUUCAACUACUUUCUGUGUUCUUUGGCUUUCUUCUGCUCUCGGCGGCAUCUAUCCUUUGAGGGCUCAAAGAUGACAACCACAAAUCUACAACAACGACAACCCACGCUGUUCCACAAGUUUAGCGCUGAAGUUCGACCAUCUGAGAUGGUACGACGAGAUGAUCUUCGAUUAAUGACAUGUCCAUUUGAGAACAUAGCCGAGUCUGAGGAGGAGGAUAUCCAGCUCCCUGAACGAACUACACCCGAUGGCCGAUCACCAUUUGCUGUCGCUUUCGAAUCUCCCUUUGCUAAACGGCGCGGAACUUCCUCUCGUAACGUGAGCCCUACCUGCGCGAGAGAAUUUGCUAUUCCACGACUAUGUCGUGGAUUUUCGGAUCCAAGCUUUCAUUGCCGACAGGCAUCAACUAUGUUUGGAUCUCUCAGUCCUGAACAGCAUAAUGGAUCGCAUUUUUUGACUCUUCCGUCAAUCCCCGAGGCAGCCUCGUCUUAAUCUGAUGGCAAAUAGAUCCAUCAGUAGCCGAAUUUCGAGUUUUAUAGCCUAUUUCUCAUAUCAGCUGAGCUGUCAGCUAAAUUAUAUGUUGGUCUAUUUACUAUGUAUUUUUCCUAUAAGGAGAUCUUUUGUCUCUGUUAAUCAUCAAACACCUUUGACCACUGCUCUUUGCGGAAAUGAUAUCAUGAUUAUUUUACUUCUGUAAUCUCCAUCUAGUCUCUUUUUGUAGAACGGCAUCUAUUUAUUUGUAAAAAGUACGCGAUCCAAUUUGGAUUCAUGAUGUUUUUUCUACGUUUAGUUGAUUGUUACGAUGUUAUUUUGAAUGUGUUCUGCGGGUUUAUAGAGCCUUGAAUAAUUCUUGAACGGG